GUUUUUCUUUGUUUACGAUUAGACAGGUAAAAUUAUUGGAGAAUUUGGAUAUUUCCGUUUUCGAUUUGUUGUAGAGUCACUUUUGGGUUUAUUUGGAAGCGUUGAAAAAGUUAAUUAAUAAUGAAUUAUCAUUAAUCUGUACAUUGAUAAUGUUAAACGUUAUCGCCUUUGUGGGUGGCUGAAUAUAAUGAUGAUAAUCUCUAAACCAGCUUAGAAGACGAAAAAAAUGGCAGAGCAACCAGGAAAUGCAAAUCAAGGAAGAAGGCCACCUUUAGUUAAAAUGGAUUUUCCUUCCCAACAACAAAACAAUUUUGGUUUUCGUUCCCUAACAGUACAAACAAACUCCAAUUCUGAUAAGAUAGUUUCUGGCGGAAAUGCUGCUAACCGACCCAAAAUGACCCUUCCAAAAGUAUCAAGACCUAUAGUUGAUACAACAAACGAUAAAAACCGUUUUGGGCAGGGUCGUAAAUAUAAAUGGAGAUUUAAAAUUUGCCAGUCAAUACAUUCUACUGGUAAGCUGCAGUUAGAUGGUAAAAGUUUUGAUUUCACGUCGGAUGAUCUACAGGACCAGGGGGAGAUUGGUCGAGGUGGUUUUGGAACUGUCAAUAAGAUGGUACAUCGCAAAACAAACACCACAAUGGCUGUAAAAAGAUUGCGAUCCACGGUAGAUGAAAAGGAGCAAAAGCAGUUACUGAUGGACCUGGAAGUUGUUAUGAAAAGUAACGAGUGCCCUUUUAUCGUACAAUUUUACGGAGCACUUUUUAAAGAAGGAGAUUGUUGGAUCUGUAUGGAGUUGAUGGAUACAUCGUUGGAUAAAUUUUACAAGUUCAUUUAUGAAAGGCUCCAAGACUGUAUACCAGAACCGAUUUUAGGGAAGAUUACAGUGGCCACAGUGAAAGCUUUGAAUUAUCUCAAAGAAGAACUGAAGAUAAUACAUAGAGAUGUUAAACCCAGCAAUAUUCUUUUGGAUAGAAAGGGAAACAUAAAGUUGUGUGACUUUGGAAUAUCGGGACAACUUGUAGACUCCAUUGCAAGGACAAGAGAUGCCGGUUGUAGGCCCUAUAUGGCGCCUGAAAGAAUAGAUCCACAAAGGGCAAAGGGCUACGACGUACGGAGCGACGUUUGGUCAUUGGGAAUAACGUUAAUGGAAGUGGCUACCGGUCAUUUUCCCUAUCCAAAAUGGUCUAGUGUGUUUGAACAGUUGCACCAAGUGGUUAAUGGGGACCCCCCGCGCCUUUCAAUAAAACAUAACGCCAAUACUUUUACACCCGAGUUUGUAGAUUUUGUAAAUACUUGUUUAAUAAAAGAGGAAUCCAGUCGUCCAAAGUACAACAAACUGCUACAAGAUGCAUUCAUAAUACGUUCAGAGAAGGAAGAAGUGGAUGUUGCGUCUUACAUCUCACAAAUAAUGGACGAGAUGGCAAACAAUGGAAUCAGUGCAUUUACAACAAAUCAACCUUAGUCGUCUAAAUGAAUAAAUAAAUAUAACAUUCGUUUAAGCAAAUUUAAUGUUUUCUGGUACUUUUUGUUGUUGUCGAGUGAAUUAUUAUGUAAUUAAUUAUU